ACCAGAAGCUGUUGGAGCCCAGAACCCAGGGCCUGGUCUCAUUCCUGCGUGGGUGGGCACAGGGCGGCGCAGACACUCCCGGCAGGAAAGGGUGCGGUAGGGGACUGCUGGGGUGCUCCCUCGCGUUGCGCGUCCGCACGGAGCCGGGUUCCAGAUGGAAGGUUCGCGGUGGAGACCCCUGCCGGGCCCACUGCUGGGAUGGGGAAACUGAGGCUGGAGAGAGUGGGGCCGCGGCUGUGAGGGAGAGGGACGACCUGGACCCAGAGUUCUUCCUGCUUCCUGGGCCAGCCCAGGCUCUGGGCUCAGAGGGGCACCGAUGCAGCUGACCAGACAGCUGUCUCAGCACCUGGAGACACCCAGGACCCCAGACCCUUGGUGCCCCAGAGGUCCAAAUGCCAGAGCCAGUGGGGCCUGAGAGCCAGGGAAACAAGGUCCGGGUGGGACCCAGCCUCCUUCAGCUGGUGCCUGGGCCCGGGCUCACCCGCCUGCCUUCAUGCUCUGCUGGCAGCGGGACGUCCUGGCUCACUUGGCAGCUGCUUCCCUUCCCUCUCCUCCCCUUUCUCCCUGCAGGCCGGGGUCACGAGGAGGGUGUGGAUGGCAAGUGACUUCAUCCCUGCCUGACAGAUGGAGAAACUAAGGCCCAGAGAGGCAGUCAGCCUCCUCCCCUUCCCUGCUCCAGCCUCAGCAGCGGCCCCUUCCCUCCACCGGCUGCCCUGGUGCUCAGUCCCACCCCCUCCGCUGAUGAGGCCAUGAGGCACCAACUGGACCCAGGCCAGGUCACCCCUCCCUGUCCCAUCCCCAAUCCGGGGGAAUCUCUGCUGUGUGGAAGCUGAGGGAGCCCUGGGGCCGCGGUGCAGCUGGGGGCCUCUUCCAGGGACCCAACUCCUAAUCCAGCCCCUGCUGGCCGCACCUUCUGCAUAGUGUCACAGAAUCAUGGACUGAAUCCACUCGGCCCCCAUUGCACAGAUGGGGAAACUGAGGCCUGGGAGAGUGGAGUGGCUGGCCUCAGUCCACACGGAAAGGCCCCGCCUCUUCCAGAACCUCCUGCUCCUCCUGUGGGCCCUGCUGAACUGCGGUUUGGGGGUCGGUGCUCAGGGUCCGGGUGAGUGGACCCCGUGGGUGUCCUGGACCCGCUGCUCCAGCUCCUGCGGGCGUGGUGUCUCCGUGCGCAGCCGGCGCUGCCUCCGGCUUCCUGGGGAAGACCCGUGCUGGGGAGACUCCCAUGAGUACCGCCUCUGCCAGUUGCCAGACUGCCCCCCAGGAGCUGUGCCCUUCCGAGACCUACAGUGUGCCCUGUACAAUGGCCGCCCUGUCCUGGGCACCCAGAAGACCUACCAGUGGGUGCCCUUCCAUGGGGCGCCCAACCAGUGUGACCUAAACUGCCUGGCCGAGGGGCACGCCUUCUACCACAGCUUCGGCCGCGUCCUGGAUGGCACCGCCUGCAGCCCAGGUGCCCAGGGGGUCUGCGUGGCUGGACGCUGCCUUAGCCCCGGCUGUGAUGGGUUGCUGGGCUCUGGUGCCCUCGAGGACCGCUGCGGCCGCUGUGGAGGCGCCAACGACUCGUGCCUUUUCGUGCAGCGCGUGUUUCGUGACGCCGGUGCCUUCGCUGGGUACUGGAACGUGACCCUGAUCCCCGAGGGCGCCAGACACAUCCGCGUGGCGCACCGGAGCCGCAACCACCUGGCUCUGAUGGGGGGCGAUGGGCGCUACGUGCUUAACGGGGACUGGGCGGUCAGCCCGCCGGGGACCUACGAGGCGGCUGGCACGCAUGUGGUCUACACCCGUGACACGGGACCCCAGGAGACCUUGCAAGCAGCCGGGCCCACCUCCCACAACCUGCUCCUACAGGUCCUCCUGCAGGAGCCCAACCCCGGCAUCGAGUUUGAGUUCUGGCUCCCUCAGGAGCGCUACAGUCCCUUCCAGGCUCGGGUGCAGGCCCUGGGCUGGCCCCUGUGGCAGCCGCAGCCCCGGGAGGUGGAGCCUCAGCCCCCCGCAGCCCCUGCUGUCAUCCCUGCACGGACCCCAACCCUGGCCCCAGACCCUUGCCCACCCUGCCCUGACACCCGAGGCCGCGCCCACCGACUGCUCCACUAUUGCGGCAGUGACUUUGUGUUCCAGGCCCGAGUGCUGAGCCGCCACCGCCAGGCCCAGGAGACCCGCUACGAGGUGCGCAUACAGCUCGUCUACAAGAACCGCUCGCCACUGCGGGCCCGCGAGUACGUGUGGGCGCCAGGCCACUGCCCCUGCCCGAUGCUGGCACCCCACCGGGACUACCUGCUGGCUGUCCAGCGCCUUGUGAGCCCCAACGGCACACAGGACCGGCUGCUGCUGCCCCAUGCCGGCUACGCCCGGCCCUGGAGCCCCGCGGAGGACAGCCGCAUACGCCUGACUGCCCGACGCUGUCCUAUCUGAGCCCCCGCAGGAGCCCUGGCCACACACAGCAAGAAAGAUACAUCUGACCAGUCUCAAGGUCGGCGUAUUUCCCCUCUCACCCUGGCUUCCAGGCAGCUCUGAAAUAUGUCCCACCUGUGCAGCUAUGUGACUCCCUCCCGCACACACUUAGACACCUCUGCAUGCAGUCGGAGUCACUGUCACAAGCCGGCAGGCACUGGUGAGGAGAUACUGAAGAGACUCUGACUUAUUUCGCCUCUCUUCUUGGCUGCCAGGAAGCUCAUAGCUUUUUUUUUUUUUUUUUUGAGACAGUCUCACUCUGUCACCCAGGCU